CGAAUCGCUUGUCAGUAUCCGUUGCUCGAUGGUGUUGUUCGAGUUCGUUUUAGCGGAGGUGCAAAGCAGCUGAAGUUUCACUUCACUCCACGUCUGAUGUUGGUAAUAUAUUCGUCUUUCUUGGCAUAGCAGGGGCUCUGAUGUAAAGGUUUAGGGGCUCAUGCUGCGCCGCCAUCUGCUUUGCUUUCUGGACAGACGGGCACUGCCCGACCCCGGAGUCAGAGCCUGGCACUGCCCCUUUCAUCUGAAGCUUCUCCCUCUGCACUACCUGGAGGACACAGAACGCUUAUGAGGUGUGGACCAAGGAGAUAAGGAGGACAACUAGAGACAUUCAUAUGUGCAAUGGAUUUCUAAAACUUGGACUGGAGAGCCGCAGACUUCCUCAACUCUGUCUCCCCGGCCUUCUAUAAGUGACUCUAUAAUAGAUUCUGAACCCUACAAAACCACCGUCUAUCUGUCACUAGCUUCCUCGAGUGUUAACAUUAUUAGAUUGUUUGUGUAGCGCUAUCAGCAGCUUGUGUAUCCCAUUUCAUCUCCUCCCUCCAGUGUCCAGACACCUUAUUUAGCAACUACUAUUAUUAUUCUAUACACAUCCAUCCGCUGUCUCACUGAUCUGAUUAGUCUCAGGUCUGCAGGUUUAGACACGCUGAGAACAGGAAACGAGGAUGCGUGUCAUCAAACCAUUUACAGUUCAGCUGUGCUAACCUCUGAAAAGCAGGGUCCAGUGUAUAUAACACCUGGACACCCAAGUCCCAUCUGGAUCCAUUUAGCCGGUGUGAGUGAGUGUGUGCAUCAGCUUUCUGUCCCUUGCCAUGUCAUGUUGACUUCCCUCGUGCCACGUCUGAUGCUGAGAAAACCAGACGUGCUGGGUCUGAAAUAAGCAGACUUGUCAUUUUGUUCUCCUUGAGGGCCAACUGAGAAUCGGAGAGCUCCCACUUGUAUGAGACUGUACAACUCGCAGAAGUUCUCUCCCUUUCUGUCCAAUCUGGCUGAGCUGCCCUUACUCCCGAGUGUCCAGACAGUGUGCAGGUUCUGCGGGCGAGGCGUGUGGAGGAUGAGCGAUGUUCCCCCACUGGAGUACGAGUCGCUCUCCCCUGUGCUCCCCAGCAGGCCGCCGCUGGCUGCAGACGCUGAGCAGAGAACGGCUCUAGCUUUUGUGGGCCUGCUCAUGCUCUUCCUGCUCUUCCUGCUUGUGCGCUGCUUCCGCAUCCUGCUUGAUCCUUACAGCCGUAUGCCAGCUUCGUCCUGGACUGACCACAAAGAGGGCCUGGAGAGAGGCCAGUUCGACUACGCGCUGGUGUAAAACACAGCCCAGCGAUGGUGGACGAGCCGAGAGCCUCUGCCUUCGCUCUCUCUGUGGUCAGCCCUUGACGACUUCCCACCUUCCUGUGAAUCUCCUUUCACUGCAUCCAUAGCAUAGUGAUUGCUCAGGGCUACAAGGUUCCCCUUAGAGCAGUGCUGCCUGAACCAUGAUCCACUUUUCCCUUGGCCCGUAAAAUCUACAGCGCUUUCAGACACAAAAUUCAGUCAAUUCAGAGUCCAGUACUAUGAACUACUACUGUUCCAUCAGUUAUGAAAAACUAAUACAGUUUUGUAAAAUUAUAUUUUUCAGAUUCACAAGUCCAGAAUAAUGUGUUUUUAUUGAGUCAAUAUCAGGUAUUGGCAUAACACUGUGUGUUAGGCGUAUAUAUGGCGUAACAUUUUAUAAUAAUUUUUUUUUAAAUUAAGUUUUAUUUAAAAAAUUUUAUGUUAAUUAAAUAAAAACAGAAUGCAAUGAUUUGCAAAUCUCAUAAACCCAUGUUAUUCACAAUAGAACAUAGAAAACAUAUCAAAUGUUUAAAAUGAGUAAAUGUACUAAUUAAAGAAAAAAAUUACGUGAAAAAAAUUUAAUUUGAUGACUGCAACAUGUCCCAAAAAAGUUGGGAUGGGGCAACAAAAGGCUGUAAAAUUAAGUGUUACUAAAAAGAAACAGUUGGCGGUUAAUUGGCAACAGGUCAAUAACAUGAUUGGGUAUAAAAACAGUAUCUUAGAAAGGAAGAGUCUUUCAGAAGUAAAGAUGGGCAGAGGUUCACCAAUCUGCGAAAAACUGCGUCUACAAUUUGUGGAACAAUUUCAGGAUAAUUACGAAGACUAUGAAUAGGUCAUCAUCUACAGGACAUAAUAUCAUCACAAGAUUCUAGAAUUUAGAGAAAUCUCUGUGCGCAAGGGACACAGGUGAAAAUCAGUAUUGCAUGCCUGUGAUUUUCGGGCCCUCAGGUGGCACUGCAUUAAAAACAGGCAUGAUUCUGUAAUGGAAAUCCCUGCAUGAGCUCAGAAACACCUCCAGAACUCAUUGUUUGUGAACACAGUCCACUGUGCCAUCCACAAAUGCUGGUUAAAACUCUCAUGCAACGAAGAAGCCAUAUGUGAACAUGAUCCAGAAAUGCCGCCGUCUUCUCUGGGUCAAAGCUCAUUUAAAAUGGACUGAGGCAAAGGGGAAAUCUGUUCUGUGGUUAGACGAAUCGAAAUUUUAAAUUCUUUUUGGAAAACAUGGACGCCACAUCCUCUAAACUAAAGAGGACAGGGACCAUCUGGCUUUUUAUCAGCACUCAGUUCAAAAGCUGCAUCUCUGAUGGUAUGGGGGUGAAUUAGUGCCUAUGGAAUGGGCAGCUUGCACAUCUGGAAAGGCACCAAUGCUGAAAGGUAUAUACAGCUUUUAGAGCAACAUACAGUAUGCGUCCAUCCAGAUUCUAUCCCAUAUUUACUUCUGAGAGACUCUGCAUCUCUAAGAUACUCUUUUUAUACCCAAUCAUGAUACUGACCUGUUGCCAAUUAAACUAAUUAGUUGCAUAAUUUUCUAGUAACACUUACUUUUCCAACCUUUCGUUGCCCUGUUCCAACUUUUUUGAGACGUGUUACAGCCAUCAAAUUCAAAAUUACCUUAUUUUUUGCUUAACAUGGUACAUUUCCUAAGUUUAAACAUUUAUAAAAUAAACAGUUUUCUAUGUUCUAUUGUGAAUAACAUAUUUGUUUAUGGAAUUUGGAAAUCAUUGCAUUCUUUUUUUUUAUUUACAUUUAUUCAUUUAUUUACAUUUUACACAGCAUCCCAACUUAUUUGGAACUGGGGUUGUGGGCAUAUAUAUAUAUAUAUAUAUAUAUAUAUAUAUAUAUAUAUAUAUAUAUAUAUAGUUGUGUAAGCAAAGUGCUUCUGAGGAUGUAGCAGGUGAAAUCAUAGUUAGACCCAUUUUAUUUCAUUCAGACAAAAAUGGAUUUGUCUCACUUUAAAUUAAUAAAUAUGGAUGCAGCCAUCUGAUACUUGCCAUCCGUAUUUGACCAAUAAUGGCUUGAAAUGCUGGCUGUUUAUCAGAUCGUAUUUGACGUUAAUUUUUUAAUAUGCUAUCAACUAGUCAGGAUAAUGAUCUCCAUCUCAGGGCCAUCAUUAGUUUAAAGACAAUAACAUCAGGCAUUCUCACAGUAAUGUCUUGUGAACAUGUUCUGCAAUUAUUAAAGUGAAUAGUUUAUAAAUUAAAGAAAGUAUUGGAUCCAUAUCAGCCCAUAAUACAGCUCUGAUAUCUGUGUCAUAUCAGAUUUGAAAGAGAAAAAAAAGGCGUCUCCAAAUGUCAAAUGUGUAAAGUAUUAGUUUUUGAUAAAUGAGGAACUGUUCUUGGUAGUGGACUCAUAGAAAGUAUUAAUUAGAUGUAUUUUAUUCCAUUCUGUCAUCAUUCAGAUCAUAAUGUUUGGGAACCCACUGUCCGAGUAUGCAGGCUGUCAUUUUCCACAGCAGGGCUGCCAUACUGGAUUGACUAUUUCCAGGUUAAUCAGCUAAACCCUGCCUCAUUCACUACAGAGCCACCCCCUUUAACUGAAUGAAAGGUUAUUGAUUUUAUUUAUUUAUUUAUUUAUAAUUUUUUUAUUUUAUUUUUUAUUUUUCACAGAUAAUCAACAGACAGAUAAUAUUGCCUAGCUGAAAAGGGAAUAAAAGUGAAUGCACUUCCUACUAAAUGAGAGCUAGUAGAAAAAGACAGGCUUUGCUAAUCUGGUAAUCAAAGCUACAGCUACGUUUGCAUCUCAUUUAAAAAUCUAAUUAGCUAGCUAAUGUGCUAGCUCAUCACUGGAUCUCUAAUAUGACUUGUCCAGUUCAAUCUACUGAUUUGUUGAUGACAUUUUUUUCUUAUUUGUUAUUAUCUUUAUAUACUUAGCUCAGUAACAGCUAGCAAAUAAGAGAAGUACCUUUUUGCUCCACUAAUAUAAAAUACAAUGUGAUUGCUGCUUAAGGCUACUUUCUAGUCCAGUGCAUUACCAAACUGCUGUAACAGAGACUAGAUAAACAUAUUUACAACUGUAUUUACAUCACGUUUGGAUAUAAUUGAUUGUCAUACACCAAAUAUGUAAACACUGUUCACCUGCUAUGUGGAAGUACCCUCAGACUGCUGCCUUCGACCACCCGUAAUUAGCACAGUUCUUUUUCCCUGAUGGUGUGUUAUUUCCUUGGUGUUUACAUGAGCAGAAUCCCCUUUAAGAUGUCAGAAAUGUGAUAUUGCUGCCGUGUAUUUCAGUGUAUUUGUAUCAUUUACAAGCCAUAUCUCUAUCUAUCUAUCUAUCUGUCUAUCUAUCUAUCUAUCUAUCUAUCUAUAUUUAUGCCUUGGACAGUGUUAUAUGUGUGGUCAUUAGCAUUAGCUCUAUCUCCCGAGCUCUGUGACUGUGUAGUUACUGUGUGAGUUUUAGAACUACUGAAAGUGCUUUAUUUUUGUAUUCAGACUCAGAUUUGGAGUCUCCUUUUGCUAAUACUGUACUGUAUGUAUUCAGUUUAAGAUUUCUAGCUCAGUGUCUCCUCAAAGGUUCAAGAAAAAAAAAAACCCAUAACAAUGUGUUGCUUUGGUGUGUUUUUGAUAUUUGUAUUGUAAGCAGAUUGGAUAUUUUCCUAAGUCCUUUGUUUUUGCUAAGCUGGGGCAAUUGUGUUAAAUAAAGAGGGGUUUUAUUCACUUUAUGCGUCAGAAAUCUUCAGGAAUAAAAUAAAAAUUACAACAGACACGUUCUACAUUAUCAAUAAGCCACUUUACAACACCUGCACCAGCUGAAAUAAGCUGUGACAUGUUUGGUGUUUCAGGUUUGCUUUUUAAGUUUAGCACUGGAGCUCCAGUUAACAAGUAAGUGAGGCUUACAGCUCCCAGUGUUGUAUGACUCAAGUCAUUACACGCUUACCUCAAACUGUGCUGAAAUGUUCAGUCUAUCAAAGACAUUUCCUGAUCUUGCACUGUAUGGCACACUGUUAUCUAUUAAACUCACCAAAAAUACAUUAUAGAGCUAAAACAGUCAUAGUGCCAUCUUGAAGCUGAAUCACUUUCUUUCUCAGAAACUUUUGUGUCAUCAGACCCAAAGUUCAAAGGAAGAAUUGUACGUUAGAAGUAAUUCUGAUUAUAACAGGGUUUUAAGGUGCAUACUGGUUAUUUAAUCAAAGAAUAAAUCACAAUGGAGUUUGCUGUCAUGCGAUGCAGCUUGACUUGAAGUACUGUCCCAUCCAGAAGUUGAUUCUUUUCCAAUAACAACAUAGAACCUAC